CCCCCAGAAAGUAGUGCGCAGUGGUUGAAAAGUUGUUUCUAGAGCUAUUACGUUCAUUUCUAUUAAAACAUUAUUCCAGGAUACUCGUUUGUGUUCUUGAAUAAUUUCUGUGGGAAAUCAGCUUACAACGAGUUAUAUUUUCAAACACGUCCGCAUGGCGGUAACGUGUUCAACAUAUUAUUCCGCAGAUUUUCUCACAAAUGGAAGAUAGUUGAUCUAUACAGGAUUUUAACAAAAUGAUGCGUUUUAACAAAUUUUUUAGUUCCUCAUUUGCUUCUAGAAUCCUAAAAGAAGCUGUCAAACCAGUAUGUAUAGGAAGACAAAAUGGUGUAGCUUCUGUGCCAAAUGUCCUCUAUGGGAAGUGGAACAAACUUCCAAACAAGGUCCGGAAUUACGUGGAUGAGAACAUAAAACUAUGCAAUCCAUCAACAGUCCAUAUAUGUGACGGAUCAGAUAAAGAGAAUGAAUUAUUGUUAUACAUCUUACAGAGAGAUGGAAUGAUCAAACCUCUUCCAAAGUUAGAAAACUGUUGGUUAGCCAGGACAGAUCCAGGAGAUGUGGCUCGUGUAGAAAGUAAGACCUUCAUAGCUACGGAGAAAAUGCAGGAUACGAUACCUAUUCCUAAAAAUGGUGCUGUAGGUCAACUGGGACACUGGAUUGACCCAGAUGAUCUAGAAACAGAACUCAACAUGAGGUUUCCAGGCUGUAUGAAAGGACGAACUAUGUAUAUUAUACCAUUUAGUAUGGGUCCUAUCGGUUCACCACUAUCUAAGAUUGGUAUUGAAAUAACAGAUUCUCCCUAUGUAGUGGCCAGUAUGAGAGUAAUGACCAGAAUGGGUGGUAAUGUCCUGGAGACACUAGGAGAGGGAGACUUUAUUAAAUGUCUUCACUCUGUUGGUAGACCACUUCCACUAAAAGAACCAUUAAAUAAUAAUUGGCCAUGUAACCCUAAAGAAACCAUAAUAUCACAUAUACCAGCCAGAAAUGAAAUCUGUUCCUACGGCAGUGGAUACGGAGGAAACUCAUUGUUAGGAAAGAAAUGUUUUGCAUUACGACUUGGCUCCAUCUUAGCCAAAAGAGAGGGGUGGUUUGCAGAACACAUGCUGAUUCUUGGUUUAGAAAAUUCUGAAGGAAAGAAAAAGUACAUAGCUGCAGCAUUCCCCAGUGCUUGUGGUAAAACAAACUUAGCCAUGAUGAAUCCCACGUUACCUGGUUACAAGGUCACAUGUGUGGGAGAUGACAUUGCAUGGAUGAAGUUUGACAAAAAUGGACAACUUCGUGCAAUCAACCCAGAGUUUGGAUUUUUCGGUGUGGCACCAGGAACAUCCAUGAGUACCAACCCCAAUGCCAUGGAAACCAUCAAGAAGAACACUAUAUUUACCAAUGUAGCAGAAACAGAAGAUGGAGAUGUUUACUGGGAAGGUUUAGAGAAAGAGAGAGACAUGAGUACACCAAUCACAUCAUGGCUCAAGGUCAGAAACUGGACCAAGGACAGUGGCAAACCAGCUGCUCAUCCUAACUCAAGAUUCUGUACCCCAGCUAGCCAGUGUCCAAUCAUGGACCCAGAAUGGGAGAGUCCAGAAGGUGUCCCAAUAGAUGCCAUUAUCUUUGGUGGCAGGAGACCAGCAGGUGUUCCAUUAAUCUAUGAAGCAUUUAAUUGGCAGCAUGGCGUCUUCAUGGGGGCAUCCAUGAGGUCAGAGGCCACAGCAGCUGCUGAACACAAAGGAAAAAUGAUUAUGAACGAUCCAUUUGCCAUGAGACCAUUCUUUGGUUACAAUUUUGGACAUUACUUGAAGCAUUGGUUAAGUUUCCAGGACAAACCAGGACUUAACUUGCCAAAGAUCUAUCAUGUAAACUGGUUUAGAAAAGACGAUCAGGGUAGCUUUAUGUGGCCAGGGUUUGGUGAGAACUCUCGUGUUUUAGAUUGGAUCUUCCGUAGAACCAGUGGUGAAGACUGUGCCCAAAAGUCUGCUGUAGGUAUGGUCCCCACACCAGGUUCAAUCAAUCUAGAGGGACUAACGGAAAAGGUAGACAUGGAAGGACUGUUCAGUUUACCAAAGGAAAUGUGGCAACAAGAGGUUGUCGAUGUGAGGAAAUAUUUUGAUCAGCAGGUUGCCGAGGACUUGCCUCCAGAAAUCAUGGAAGAGUUACAUAACUUGGAAAAACGAGUUGACUCAAUGUUGUGAUCUGAUCUCAGGGAUAAUAUAGAUACUUAGGAAAUAUUUUUUUAAUUUGCCAUAUUCAAACUGUGUUCAUAAUUAUGUUCAGUUAUGGUCUCUUUUUGUAUGUUUUACCUGUUUUAAUUCUUUGUAUAUUUUGGUAUUUUUAAUUUCUGUUUCUUAAAAUCAAAUUGAAAAUCAUGUUCAUACAUUUUUAUUGUCAUAUAUCAAAUACUUAAAAUAUUUUUAUGACUUUUUAGAUUACAUAUUUUUACAGUAACAACCAUAAUAUAAGACCUUUUAAGAAUCUCAUGUAUUUUAUGCAAAAUUUUUAAUUAAAAACAAGUCAAAACCAUAAUUGCAUUUACAUGCAAUAUAUUCUAAAAAUAUUUUUUUAUAGGGCAACAGAUUUUAUGUCUCAUUACCUUUCAUAGCCUAUUUCUUUUCAAAGUCAAUAUCAAAAUCAACAAAUAUUGAUCAAUUAUUUUCUCCUAUUUGAAUUGCAUUAAAUGUUACAUGCAAUUUUUUUAUAAUUUUAUUUUAAUUUUCAGUAGUAAUGAUAAUUGAUUUUAAUUCAUGUGUACGUAAUGUUUAUUUGAAAAGUUAGUAGGCUGUGAUACAAUAUGUAAUUUUGAUUAUUUAAUUUAUGUGUAAUAAUUACUAUUAUUUGUACGUUUUCUGUCUUAAUAUUGGCAAAGCCUGAAUUUCUUUGUAGAUGUAAAUAAACUGAUCUUUGUGUAUGACAUAGCUGAAGUGCUUGCGGUAAAAUAUGAGAUUGAUGUUCCGUAAUUUAGGAAUAUUAACCUAGAGUACUUCAGCUAUUGAUACAAAAUUAUCUUGAGACUUGUUCAUCCUGCUUAACAUGCAAUGAGACAAGGGCAUUAACUCUUAAUGAGUGGACAAGACAGAGUGAACGUUUAAAAGUGUAGGAAGUAUUAAAUAAAAGUUUCCAUAACUGUGCAAUAUAUAUAUAUAUAUAUUUGGUUGUGCCAUCUUGCUUAUAUGACAUCACAAAACAAAACUCAUAUUUACAUUCCAAAUUACUCUUGUUCAUUCAAUCAUGUGUAUAUCUUUGAACUAAAUAUUCUUGAAGUAUAUGCCAUUGUGUAAAACAAACAAAAAAAUUCCUCAGUCAAAAUAUAAGCAUCUUUCUCUUCCAUUUAUGGAAACCAAAAAGCAAGAAAAAUGAGAGACUUUUAUAAUUAAUUUAUUAAUAUUUUGAUAUAAAUUCAUGGAAUCAGCAUUUACAAUGCACUUUUCAUAUGAGGUCUAUUUUCAUAUUUAUUUUGUGAUUUCAUCACAUUAACAUCAUUUUGAUAUGCAAAAUAUUGGUCAGUGUUGACAGUUGAAUUUUGUAUUUUUUAAAACAGUGGAACCCUUAUUUUAUACAUUGGGAUGUUUUAUGUAUGUCAUAGGAAUUAUGAAUAUGAAUGUUAGUUUAUAUGGAGAAUAAUGGGAUUAUUUCUAUAUAAAAGAAAUAAAUUUUUAAAUAUUU